AUGCGCCCCGCGCCGCUGCUCGGGCUCCUGCUCUGGGCGCCGCUGCUCUGGGCGCCGCCGGUGCGCGGCUUCCGCCACGGCGUCCACUGGAACGGCAGCAACCCCAGCCUGCGGCGGGAGGGCUACACGGUGCAGGUGAACGUCAACGACUACCUGGACAUCUACUGCCCUCACUACAACGCCUCGGUGCCCGAGCACCGGCUGGAGCAGUACGUGCUCUACAUGGUGAACGCGGAGGGCUACCGCACCUGCAACACUAGCCAGGGCUUCAAGCGCUGGGAGUGCAACCGGCCCCACGCGCCCCACAGCCCCAUCAAGUUCUCGGAGAAGUUCCAGCGCUACAGCGCCUUCUCGCUGGGCUACGAGUUCCGUGCGGGGCAGGAGUACUACUACAUCUCCACGCCGACACACAACCACCGCCGGGCCUGCCUGAAGAUGAAGGUGUUUGUCUGCUGCGCCUCCACGUCGCACUCCGGGGAGAAGCUGGCGCCCACCCUGCCCCAGUUCACCCUGCGGCCCGAGGUGAAGAUCGAGGACCUGGAAAACUUCAACCCGGAGAUGCCGAAGCUGGAGAAGAGCAUCAGCGGCACCAGCCCCAAGCGGGAACAUUUGCCCCUGGCCGUGGCCGCCGCGCUCUUCCUCAUGACGCUCUUGGCCUCGUAGCUCCCGGAGCCCGCGGGGGCCCGGCCAGCGCCGCUCUGCCGAGCGCGGCCCCCUCGAUCCGCUGCCCCUCGUAAGAGCCAGCGGGGAAGCACGGCGAGACCAGCAGCCCUGCCCGGAGAGAGGCAGGGAUCGCGGCACGCACCGAUCCGGCCGGACCGGCACCUCCGCAGGGAUGCGGCUCCUCCCGGGCAGCGCGGGGUCCUGCCCGCAGCCUCCCCGUGGCUGCUCCGUGCCUGGGGGGCAGCGCCGAGCCCGAUGAGAGCAGGGACCCCCGGGGCCGGGCAGUCUGUACAUACCCAUAUAGAUCUAUACAUACUGUACAGAGAGCGACUACAGAGAUAUUAUAUCUAUACUGUACCAUAGGCAGCGGCGCCGGCCCCGGGCUGGCUUGUACAUAGUCGAACGUGUUGGAUUUUCCUCGUCUUCCGUGAAGACCCGACCUAUGCAAACGCACAGACACUUUUUGGGGAAAAACAAAACAAAACAAACAAAAAAAAAACAUUCUCGAUCUUUUUUUCAAGUGCUUUGGCUGGUGAUUUUCAUAUUCUGCUCUUAGUCUAUAAAAAAAAUUAAUAAAAGGAUAAAAAAAGGGA